GGAAAACCUGGCGAAUAUGGAUAUACACCACCGUCGACUGCAGCGCCACAAACAGGACCAAAUUCAGGAAGAACAAAUUUUACUAAUAAGCAGUUAACAGAAUUAGAAAAAGAGUUCCAUUUUAAUAAAUAUCUCACACGAGCUAGAAGAAUAGAAAUAGCUGCAUCUUUAGGUCUCAAUGAAACACAAGUUAAAAUUUGGUUCCAAAAUCGACGAAUGAAACAAAAGAAGCGC